GAAAUUCAAAUUCCGAACUCAGUCGCUCGAACGCGGAGCUGUCGGCCAGAAGAGCGCGCGUAACUUUUUUUUUCAACACUCGUAAGGUGUUUUUUAGUUUUAACCAUGAAGGUUUUCGUUGUUUUCGCCGUUCUCGCCCUGGCGUUCGCCGAAGAAAAGGAGGAGGAUAGACCGAAGACUUUCAGGCGGCUGAUACCUGCUGAUGUUUUAAGAGACUUCCCCGGAAUGUGCUUCGCAUCGACCCGCUGCGCGACCGUGGAGCCCGGGAACACCUGGGACCUGGCGCCGUUCUGCGGCCGAAGCACCUGCGUCGUCAGCGAGGACACCCCCCCACGCCUGUUGGAACUAGUUGAGGACUGCGGCCCGCUGCCAUUGGCUAACCCCAAGUGCAAGCUUGACACAGACAAGACCAAUAAGACCGCCCCCUUCCCCGGCUGCUGUCCCAUCUUCACCUGCGAAGAGGGCGCCAAGCUGGAGUACCCCGAGCUCCCUACUCCCGCCCCUGAGGAGGAGAAAGAGGAGAAAAAGGAGGAGGAGAAGCCCAAAGCUUAAACAAGAAACCACCAAUAUAAGCUACAUCGAACAUUCUCAUACUUAAACAAAAGCUGUAAAUCGAUGUUGAUCUAAAAGGACAAUCUAACACAUCCGGGUCGAAGGACCAACUAAAUGUUACGCUUGUAAAUUCAACUAAUCGCCACUUGCACUGAACCAUUCACUAACCCGGGGUUAACCGGUUAAACAUGGAGUUACAAUGAUUAAAAGUACAAUUUGACAUUGGGUUAACGGUUUAACCAGUUAACUCUGGAUUAGUGGGAUGGUGCAAGUGGCGCUAAUUGAUCUGUUCAAUUUUCAGGAAAGAAAACCUUAUAAAGUGUUUUCAGGGCUUCAUUUCGGUUAUAUAAUAUAGAAUUUACAAGCGCAACGAAGUAAUGAAAGAUCCGGAUCGAAGGACCAGUAAGAAAAAUAAUAAAAGACUUGUACAGUCGUUAUAAUUUUUUUAACCGGUAUGCUGUAUAAGUCUUGUUCGGGAUAUCCGGUUCAGAAGGACCAUUAAAGCAGCGUUUUAUGCUGUUGGAUAAAAAAUGAGGACAGCUAUACUUAAAAAGGAAUCAGAAACAUGGCCACCGUAACACGUACGCAAUCGGAUAUAGGCUGUCGUACGUAAUAUCCUAUAGAUGCCCAGAGACCUAUAAAAAGGUCUCCUGUUCCAUUCUAAUUUGAACUUUGCGUUGACAAAAUAAAAUUUCAUUUUGCUUGGCAAGGUCUGACGUAUGGGCUAGAGGAUAUAGGCGCGUUGCUUAAAUUUCACGCCAAGAAAAUUACGACGCUGGUCGCUGUGACUUAUAAAAAUGGUAAUGUUAUCUUUGGUCUCUAAAGAUGUAAUAGUAGCGUUAAAAAUGAAAGUGAUAUUUUAAUUUGUCUGAUAAACCUAUUCACGGAUGACUUUAUAGUUAUUUUGAAGAAACGUGACGGUGUUAAAAUAAAAUUUCACUUUCAUUAGAACAGGAGUAUUCUUAAUCGCUAAAAAAUUGGUCUCAAAAUCCUAUACCAAAUUUGUAAUUGUAUGUUUUUAUACGGCUGAGUCAAAACCCAAAACCUAAUUGGAAAACGUGUUAAAAUGUAUUGCCAAAUAAAUCAAUUGUGUUCCAUUGUUAGGCUCAAUGUAUGAUGAAUCAUGAACGGAAUUCAUUGAAAUUUGUUGAGCAAUAAAAGGGACAAUGGAGUAAUCUACUUCCUAUUUCCUGCCUUUUCUGUGUAAAUCAUGAUAACUUUAACUAAUCGUUCGACGUACCCAAUUUUUUAUCGUCGUCAGCACGAGAUUUUUUUAUUGUGGAAUUUUUAGAAGUUUUUUUAUUUGAAUACCUGAUUAAGAAUAGUUUGUGAUAUUGACAAAAAAAAGUUAUUCAAUAAAAAAUAUAAAAUUUCUAA